GAGACAAAUUCCGCCUUGUGAUAGCCAGCACCUUGUAUGAAGAUGGAACAUUGGAUGAUGGCGAAUAUAAUCCUACAGAUGAUAGGCCCUCCAGGGCAGAUCAGUUUGAAUACGUGAUGUAUGGGAAAGUGUACAGGAUUGAGGGCGAUGAGACAUCAACGGAAGCAGCCACACGCCUCUCUGCCUACGUCUCCUAUGGUGGCCUCCUCAUGAGACUCCAGGGAGAUGCCAACAACUUGCAUGGCUUUGAAGUGGAUUCGAGGGUCUACCUCCUGAUGAAGAAAUUAGCCUUCUGAGCAGCUUCUCCCAUCAAACUGUCAAAGGCUCAAUUAGCAGCUUGGGACAUUUCAGAAAAACAACACGAAUCUUCCUCGGCUUCCCUUCCCGAUUGGAGCAAAGCUCGGCAACGAAUUAGAAGCCCCCUUCGGAUGUUCUCCACCUCUUAGCAGCCACAACAAGGACAGUUUUUUUUCUCCAUGCCAUUUUUUUUCCCAGGGCCCUUUGCAGUUAGGAAGCAGCUGCCAGGCUACAUGGGCAGCAUUCCUUCUGAAACUGAAGCGUAGUAUUUCCCGGUGCCGGAAACUCUAUGCUUUUGACAAGGUGAUGUGUUUUACAGGGCAUUUUCCUACAAAGGCAACACUUGCCAUUUCUGGUAAACUGGGCUUGUUUCGUGUUUUUUUUUUUUUUUUUUUUUCU